AUGUUAAAAUCUCAGUUUUACAGCGAGUUUUACAACCUGCCGUUCUUGGUUUUUGAACACAAGGACGUACCAGCAGACGGCCAGUAUGAUAUUGAAUUCGAUGGGGACCAGCUCCUCUUUGUUGACCCUGUCACCUAUCAGACGGUUCAGCGUCUGCCCGAGUUUGCAGAGCAGUGGACCCCUGAUCCUGGAUUGGCCCAAGACACUUAUGUGUCUCUGGGUACCUGCAAGUACAACAUCCCACGUGCCAUAAAGGGAGAAAAUCAUCCUCCAGAGGUUAUAGUUAGUCCGACCUCCUUGAUCUACCCAAGGCAGGAGAUGGAGCCUGGAGUCCCAAACAUCCUCAUCUGCUUUGUCAAUUACUUCCAUCCUCCCAGAGUUGAGAUCACCUGGACCAAGAACGGGCUGCUGGUGGACCAGAGUGAGGUCAGUCAGACCCAGUACUACUCCAACGAGGACUUCAGCUUUCGCAUCUCGUCCUACCUGAGCUUCACUCCUGAGGAGGGCGACUUCUACUCCUGCAGUGUGGACCACAUCAGCCUGCAGGAGCCUCUCACCAGGAUCUGGGAGGUUGACGUACACACAGACCAGCAGGUUGUGGAGACAGCGGUGUGUGUUUGUGGCGUGACUCUGGGGCUGAUUGGAGUUGUCACAGGACUCUGGUUCAUCCUGAAAGCCAACAAGUCCUGCCAAGCAUAA